AUGGAAUUCCCCGGGAUCACAGCAGAAGGGGGCUUUGCAGGGACAUCUGGGGUUAGCAGUUCUUUUCGACAUGGCUUCUUCAACGAAACGGUCGACUUUGUGGAAAUGAUCCUUGGAAAUGGAGAUAUAAUCCGGGCAUCGCGCGAAGAACACGAAGAUCUGUUUUAUGGUGCCGCGGGCGCUACUGGGACUUUAGGUUUGACCACGUUAAUACAGGUUCGACUGAUCGAAGCGAAGCAAUUUGUCAAGACCACGUAUCGCAGGGUUAACAGUGUGUCGACUGCUAUCUCUACAAUGAAACAGUGUUACGAUAAAGUGGAUGUUGAUUAUGUCGAUGGUAUUCUCUAUCUGAAGGACCAUGCUGUUGCUAUAACGGGAGAGUUGACCAACGCCAAACCAGAUGACCGCCCAGUACGAACUUUCAGUAACGCGGGAGACCCUUGA